GUCUAUCGGUGACUGACAGGCUGAUUAACUUGGGGGCGACGGAGAGGUCCGGCGAGGCGGCCGAGCUCCAUGGCCGUGGAGAGGCUAUGCGCGGAGGCGGCCGUCCCUUGGGAGCUGAGCCCCUCCGGGCGGCGUCGCCGGCGCUGGGCAGUUGAGGAGGCGGCGGACGGCGGCGACCCCGACCCCGACCCCGCGGUGCUGCGGCUCAGCCACUUCUCCCGGCCGCCUUUCCUCAGCUUCGGCACCGUCCGCGUCGGCACCUCGCGCACUCGCCGCCUGGUUCUGGAGAAUCCCAACGCCGAGCCGGUUUUCGUGGCCCUGUGCCGCCCCCCGCCCGCCGCGAAAGGCUUCGCCGUGGAGCCGUUCAGCCGCCUCCUUCAGCCUCGAGAGAGAGUGUUCGUUUCUAUAGCGUGGACGCCGCUGGAAGACGGCGGAGUCCGCGAACUCGUAACUUUUGUGGUAAACGAUGUUGUUAAGCAUCAAGCAGUUUUGCUGGGCAACGCUGAGCAACCUGUGAGGAAAAAGAGAAGUCUUUGGGAGGCAAUUAAAAAGAGACCUGUGGCACAGCAACCACAGUAUAAGAAAGGACAGUCCAGAAUUAAAAAUGUUAAUAAAACCUUUCAAAUAUCCCCCCAAAUGAGUAGAGUUAGAAGUCCUCUCCAGCAUUGUGAAAACUUGGAGAACAGCAGAUAUAGCUCUUCACCUAAACAAGAUUCCCCAGUCGUUUUGGAAAACCGGGUCUCCCUGUCUCCUAUUAGCCCCAUUCUGCAAGAAAACAAGAAUGUCACUUGCACCCCCUUAUUAAUGAGAAGAUCAACUACAUAUUCAGUUCUUGACACAGUUGAAUAUAAUGAAUUACCAAAGAGUAAAAAAGAGACCUUUACUGUUUUGCCAAUUGGUGAUGAUUAUCUUUUGAAGACAGAAUUGGAAAAUGACUGCAUUGUUCGGUCUGUGGAGGCAGAGAACUCAAAUACAAAUUCAGCUGUCACCCCAGAACAGCUGAGAAGGGUGCAUACUACUUCAGAUGACAAAAGAACUUUAAGCCUAGAUUCCUUGCCUGCACUGGAAAGUUCUGUGUCAAUUCUCUCACCUGAUCAGUUUUUAAAAGAGAACCAAAUAGCUAUUGAGCCAGCUUCACAAGUAUGUAAACCUGUGUUGCCUUCAGACACAGAGUCUUGCAUGUCAAAGUCUUCCCCCCAAAAACAGCAGAAAAAAACAUUGCAAGUUGUAACUUUUUCAGUGGAACACCAGUUUCAAAAUAAAGCCUUCAAUACCACAAGUGAGGGAGGAUUAACAGUGUUUCACAAUGAAAAAUGUGAACAAAAUCUCUCUUUUCCUGCUCACACAGUCAAGCAUCACAUGUGCCGGUUCCAGAAACAAGAACCUCCCAUACGCCCUCUGCUUUCCAGUACAGUUAUAAAAUGUAAGCAAGGUUCUCUUGAAAGAAAAGAACCACAUUUUCAGAAACCAAAAUCUAAAAAAUGCCUUUCUAAAGCAAUACAACAAUGUGUGGAUAAAGUUGGUGGAAGCACAAAAGUAGAAAGGCUGCCUGUUAUAGAAUCUUUAGCAGAUGGAGAUAAUUGCCGCAAAGGUGAAAAAGCUUCGACUUGUUCAGAAUCGGCUUCAUGUAAUCGUAAAAGAAAAAGUGGAGAGUAUUUGGAAGAAAUUAAAAGUGGACGUGAAGAAUAUAUGGAUACUUUAGACACAAAAAAACUCGCUAUGUCCUGUGAGUUAAAAGACAAGCAUGCUGAUACGAAAACAUCAGUUCCCAAAUCUGCAAACAGAGAAAAACAAAGUCAGAAAAAGCGAGUUGGUUUCUUAUCUCAGAAAUCAAGGACUACUCGAAGAACUUCUAAAAACAUACAUCCAGUUGCACAAUCUCAGCUGACCUUUGUGAAACCAUUAAAAACCGUUCUCCCUAGGCAUCCAAUGCCUUUUGUGGCAAAGAACAUGUUUUAUGAUGAGCGUUGGAAAGAGAAACAGCAGCGAGGUUUUACUUGGUGGUUGAAUUUUGUACUUACUCCUGAUGACUUUACUGUGAAGACAGACAUUUCUCAUGUCAAUGCAGCAUCGCUUAUUUUGGGAACAGAAUCUUGUCAUAAAUCCAGUGUUUCAAAGGCACCAACAAAAGAGGAAGUUUCAUUAAGAGCAUAUUCUGCUCGGUGUAAAUUGAACAAACUCCGUCGCUCAGCUUGCCAUUUGUUUACCUGCAGUGCAAUGGUUAAAGCAAUAAAAAGGCUGGAGGUUGAAAUUGAAACCAAACACUUGCUAGUUCGGAAGGACCAACAUCUAUGGAAAGAUAUUGGACAACGGCAGAAAAUCCUCAACUGGCUUUUAUGCUACAAUCCACUGUGGCUGCGCAUAGGCUUGGAGACUGUCUAUGGCGAACUGAUAGCCUUGGAGAAUAAUAGCGAUGUUACAGGUUUGGCAAUGUUUAUACUCAGUCGCUUGUUGUGGAACCCAGAUAUUGCUGCUGAAUAUAGGCACCCAACUGUGCCUCACCUUUAUCGAGAUGGUCAUGAAGAAGCACUGUCCAAAUUUACACUGAAAAAACUCCUUCUACUGGUUUGCUUUCUUGAUCGUGCCAAAUCAUCUAGAAUUAUUGAUCAUGACCCUUGCCUCUUCUGUAAAAAUGCAGAAUUUAAGUCCAGCAGAGAGAUAUUAUUGGCAUUUUCCCGAGAUUUUCUAAGUGGAGAAGGUGACCUUUCUCGUCAUCUUGGCUUCCUGGGCUUACCGGUUAAUCAUGCGCAGACUCCACUUGAUGAGUUUGACUUUGCUGUAGUAAAUCUAGCCACAGAUUUGCAGUGUGGCAUUCGUCUUGUAAGAACAUUGGAGCUUCUCUCAAAAAACUGGAGUCUUUCAAAGAAGUUAAGAGUUCCAGCAAUAAGCAGACUUCAGAAGAUGCACAAUGUUAAUGUUGCCCUUCAGGUAUUAAAGGACCAUGGAAUUCAGCUGAAAGAUGAAUAUGGUUCAGGAAUUGAUGCCAAGGAUAUUGUAGACCGGCAUAGAGAGAAAACACUGGCACUUCUAUGGAAAAUAGUUUUUGCUUUUCAGGUGAAUGUUUUCCUUGAUCUGCAUCAGUUAAAAACUGAAACAGAUUUUUUAAAGAGCACACAUGACACACAAGUAAAGAUGUCUGCACUCGAAUCUUCUAUAACCCUCAAAGUGAGAAAAGACAGCAGUAGCUUUUAUUCAUCUGAAACAUGCAGUGAAAAUGUAAAGCUAUUAAUGGACUGGGUGAAUGCAGUUUGUGCAUUUUAUGGCAUCCAGGUGGAGAACUUCACAGUAUCCUUCUCAGAUGGAAGAGUACUGUGUUAUUUGAUUCAUCAUUAUCAUCCAUGUUAUAUGCCUUUGGAAGCCAUAUCUCAGCAUACAACCCAAACAGUGGAAUGCACCAAUAGUGGUACACUGACACAGAAUUUUUCCUCUGAGUCUGACGAUUCUCUGACUCUGUUGAAUGGAACUUUUGGGCAAGCUGUAACCACUUCGGCACUCUAUAAAGAACUUUUGGACAAUGAGAGAAAAAACUUCCAGCUGAUUAAUACUGCAGUUUCAGACCUUGGUGGUGUUCCAGCUAUGAUUCACCAUGUAGAUAUGUCUAAUACAAUACCUGAUGAGAAGGUGGUUAUCACUUACGUGUCAUUCCUGUGUUCACGGCUUCUAGAUCUUUGUAAAGAGAUUCGAGCAGCUCGAUGUAUUCAGUCUGCAUGGAGGGAACACAGGCUGAAAAAAAAACUAGCUCAGAACAUCAAGCAAACCUUGAAUGCAACAAUCAUAAUUCAAAAGCACUGGAAAAGGUAUUUGGCUCAGAGGGAACUUCAGAAAUUAAAAACGACAAAGCAAGAAGAAGCUGAAAGAGUAUCUUCUAUAGUAAUUCAGAAAUACUGGAGAAGAUAUUGUGCCAGAAGAAAGUAUCAGCAGCUGCAGUAUAAUACAAUCCUCAUGCAAGCAAGGAUAAGAAUGUUGCAUUCACAUUCUGCUUAUAAAAAGGUUCUCUCGGCUGCUCUCACCAUUCAAAGGCACUGGCGGGCUUCAUUAAGGGCAAAAAAUGAUUACCGAAGUUAUCAAAAGUUGAAAUCGUCAGCAUUUGUGAUUCAGUCUGCAUUUAGAAGAUGGAAAGGCUACAAAAUGAAGCAGAAAAUGGAUGCCGAGAUGAUGUUGCAAGAGUUAGAACUAGCAAAAAAAGCAAGAGCUGCUGUUGUGAUUCAAUCAUGGUACAGGAUGAUCAGAAUCCGAAAUAGUUACUUGUAUGUUAGGCAAAGUGUUAUCAAGAUACAAGCCUGUUUUAGAUGCAUUCUAGCUAAAUUCAUUUACCAGCAAGAGAGAGCCACGAUAUUGACUAUUCAGAAGUAUUACAGAGCUUACAGACUGGGAAAAACUGAAAGGGAAAUGUAUCUGCAGAAACGUGAAGCAGUAGUAGUUCUUCAGUCUGCUUUUAGGGGAAUGAAAGCUCGCUUAUUAGUUCAACAGAUGAAAGCAGCUUGCAUCAUUCAGUCAUUUUGGAGAAUGAGACAAGAGAGGCUAAGGUUUCUACAUGUGAAACACUCUGUUAUUGUAGUACAGUCCUAUGUUAGAAAACAACAGCAGCUGAAAAGAUACCAAGCGAUUAAGGAUGCUGCCUCUGCUAUUCAGGCCCGAUACAGAGCAUAUAUAGCUUGUAAAAAAGCAGUUUCUGCUUACCAGAAGUUACGCUGUGCUGCUGUCAUUUUACAAUCUGCAUUCAGAGCAAGACAAGCUAGGAUGAAGGUCAAUGUGCUGAAAUCUGUAAUAAAAAUUCAAUCCAGUUUUCGUGCUUAUAUUGUCCGGAAAAGAUUUCUAAACUUAAAACUUGCCGCUGUCAAAAUUCAGGCUUUUGUAAAGAUGAGGCAAGCACGUAGAUACUACUGUACAUUAAGAGAAGCAGCCAUAUAUGUCCAGCGAAGGUACCGUUCCCAGAAGCAUGCCUUUCAGUUGAAAGAAGAAUAUGCAAAACUGAGAAGAGCUUGUGUAAUAGUCCAAGCUGUUGUACGAGGAAAUCACACUAGAAAAUGGGUAAAGAGACGGCAAGAGGCUGCAAUUGUACUUCAAGCCCAAUACAGAAUGAAGAGAGAGAGGCAACACUAUCUGAGCCUGUGUAGAGCUUCUGCUGUUAUCCAGUUACACUAUCGUGCCUACAGAGAGAGAACCUGUCAGAGGCAGAUCUUCUUGCAAAUCAAAAAGGCGACUAUCUGUUUGCAAGCAGCCUGCAGGGGCUAUAUACUACGAAAAACACUUCAACUUGAAAAUGAAGCUGCACGCAAGAUCCAAGCAGCUUUUAGGGCUCAUGCUGCACGAAAGAAAUACCAAGCCAUGGUUCAAGCUUCCCUCAUGAUUCAGAGAAGGUAUAGGGCUUACAAGGCAACAUCCCAAAUCCGAAAAAGUUUCUUAAGGACAAAAGCAGCCAUUAUCACCUUGCAGGCAGCUUCCCGUGGCUGGCUAGUAAGGAAACAGAUUCAGAAGCAGCAUGCUGCUGUGACUGUUAUCCAGUCUGCUUUUAGAAAGUAUAUAGCUCUGAAAAAGUUCACAAUGAUGAGAAAUGCUGCUCUAACACUUCAGCGGCAUUACAGAGCUAUAAUUUCUGGUAGAGAGCAACGACAGGCAUAUGUUCUACUCCGUACCUGCAUCAUUCAACUUCAGGCAGCUUGGAGAGGUAGUGUGGUCAGAGCGCAUAUAAAAAGACAACACCAGAGUGCAGUAAUCAUACAGUCCUAUUAUAAGAUGCACGUAAUUCGAGCAAAGUUCAAAAGUUUAAGACAAGCUGCUAUAUUGGUUCAAAGGCGGUAUUGUGCUGUUGUUCUAGCCAACUGCCAAAGGCAGGAAUACCUUGCAUUAAAGGAAGCAGCUGUUAAAAUCCAGGCAGUUUACAGAGGUAUGAGAACUAGGCGAAAAGUCCAACACAUGCAUCGUGCCGCUGUCUGUAUCCAAACAGUGUUUAAGAUGCAUCAAGUUUACUCUAGAUACCAGACAUUGAAACUGGCAACGUCUAUCAUUCAGGUAAGAUAUAGAGCUCUUUGCCGAAGAAGACAGGAACAGACAAAGUACUUGGAGUUAAAAAAGGCAUCCCUUAUCCUUCAGUCUGCCUACAGAGGCAUGAAGAUUAGACAAGAGCAAAAAACUUUGCACCAGUCUGCAGUUUGUAUUCAGUCCUUUUAUCGAAUGUACAAGCAGCGGAAAUCUUUUCAACAAUUAGUUGCAGCGACAAAAGUGAUCCAGCAAUGGUAUCGUGGUUGCAAAGACCGAAAUGUUCAGGUGCAAAAAUACAGACAGAUAAAGAUUGCUACCCUCCAAAUUCAGUCCAAAUUCAGAGGCAUGAAAGAGAGACACCAUUUGAAAAAAAUGCAUGUGGCUGCCACCACCAUUCAAAGGCGAUUUAGAGCUUUUCGUCAACGGCAAAGUUUCAUUUCUGUAAAGGCAGCUACUGUGACAAUUCAGAGGAAAUAUCGAGGUACAGUACUAGCAAAACAGAAGCGUGGUGAGUACCUUUGCGUCCGUAAAGCUGCCAUCAUUGUGCAGUCAACCUUCAGAGGCAUGUUGGCUAGGGAACGUGUGAAGAAAAUGCAUGCGGCUGCCACCACUAUCCAAGCAAGCUCUAGAAUGCGUAUAGCACGAAAUCAUUACAGAGCUAUGAAGCUUGCUUCUGUUGUAAUACAACAACACUAUAGAGCAUACAGAAAAGCUAAAAACACUAGAGAACUAUAUUUAAGGCAGCGCCACUCUGCUUUAAUCUUUCAGGCAGCCUACAGAGGAAUGAAAAUGCGACGCGCCUUAAAGAAAUGGCAUAUUGCUGCAGCAAUCAUCCAGAGUCACUUUCGCAUGCACAGGCAACGUUGUUCCUUCAGGAAGCUGCAAUGGGCAGCCAUAAUUAUACAGAAGAGAUUCAGAACUAAUCAGCUUAGCACAAUGGCAAUGCAUCUGUACUCCUCCGCUGAGAGAACUGCUGCUAGUGUUCCGAUGGCUUCUUACAACAUGAAAGCAAGGCUACAGGGAAGGCAUCAUGCUGCCGUUGUGCUUCAAAGGAGUUUUAAAAUGUGGAGACACCGUAGAAAAUACCUUGCUUAUCAAGCGGCUGCUGUCAUCCUUCAGAGACGAUACAGAGCCCUGAUUUUGUCAAGAAGGCAAGCUCAAGAAUACCUUUGCCUUCGCACAGCAGUUAUUUGUAUUCAGUCUUUCUACAGAGGUUUUAAAGUAAGAAGAAAAGUUCGGCGCAUGCAUUCUGCAGCAAGAGUAAUUCAGGCAGAAUUUAGAGUGCAUCAGGAAAGGCUUUCUUACCAGAGACUGCAGCAUGCUGCUGCCACCAUACAAAAUUACUACCGAGCAUACCUAAAAGGAAAACAUCAGCGAAAGGUAUACCUUGUGAUUUGGAAGGCUGCAGUGGUGAUUCAGGCCUCUUACAGAGGUAUGAGAGGGAGGCAAGAACUGCAUCACAUGCAUGUCUCUGCAAGUGUAAUUCAGUCUUUUUACCGUAUGCGUGUGCAGCGUAAACGCUAUAAACAGCUAUGCUGGGCUGCAAUAACUAUUCAGUCUGCUUAUCGUGGAAUGGUAGCAUGUAGAAAGGCAAAAGAAAUACAUACAGUAAGGAAUGUUCAGCCUUGCUUUCACAUGGCUGUGGAUGACAAGAUGACUCAAUACAGAACUGCAGCUAUUACAUUACAGGCUCUGUACCGGGCAAAUAAAGCCAGAGUGCAGUACCAGAAAUACAGGAAAGCUGCUAUUGUAAUACAAAGGUAUUUUCGGUCUUUCUUGGCCAUGCAACAUCAACGAAGAGUUUACGUACAAACUCUGAGGAGCAUCAUUGUUGUACAAGCGACUGUGAGAGGAUUCCUUGAACGCAGAAGAGUCUGCCGAAUAAAAAGUGCAGCAAAAAUGCAGAUAUUAGAACAGAAUCAGCAAAGUUCUCUACUUCGUUUUAUAGCUUUUGCAUAUCAUCAUCUUGCUGCUGUUAAAAUUCAGAAAGCUUUCCGAAUUCAUCUUCUCCGGAAGCAAGAACAGAUGCAACUCGCAUCUGUUUUAUAUAUUCAGAGAUGGUAUCGUGCAAAAGUACAGAGGAGGGAAUUCCUACAAUAUCUUGAGAAAAUUGUUAAAAUUCAGAGAAUGGUGAGGAAAUGGAUGAAGUAUAAGAAUGCAAGUUCAGGCAAAGUCCAGAAAGGCAUGAGCCAAAAGACCCUAAAUAACGGAAUUACUAAAUUUCAGGCUUUGUGGCGAGGGUAUUCGUGGAGGAAGAAGACUGAUACUGAUGAAACUAGAGCUCUACGAGAUAGUUUGGUGAUGGCCAAUAAAGAAAGCAAAGAAGAGAUGAAGCUGUGUAAUAGAACUGCUUUUGCCAUUGAUCGCCUUCUAAAAUACAGACAUUUUUCAUACAUUCUAGCAGCUUUAAAAGACCUGGAGGUUGUAACCAGAUUAUCUCCUGUUUGCUGUGAGAAUAUGGCCCAAACGGAAGCAGUCCCCACUAUUUUUACAUUGAUUCGGAGCUGCAACCGCAGUGUCCCUAGUAUGGAUGUUAUCAGAUACUCAGUUCAAAUCCUGCUUAAUUUAUCAAAGUAUGAGAAGACAACUCAAGCUGUUUAUGCAGUGGAAAAUUCAGUAGAUACGUUGUUGGAACUACUUCAGAUGUACCGUGAGAGACCUGGAGACAAAGUUUCAGAGAGAGCUGGGAACAUUUUUACCAAGACCUGUUGCCUGUUGGCUCUUCUUUCAAAGGAUUCAGCAAGUGCAUUUGAAAUCCGACGCAAUCCUCGAGUGAUAGCUCGUCUUCAAAGCCUGUUUAAACUAACCUCUCGUAAACAUCAAAUGGAUGCCCAAAGAGUGCUUGCCAAGCAAAAGACAAGUGCAUUCAGAAAUGGUCACUGCUCUGUUCCAGUCACUCCUGUAAGAACAAAAGUAGUUUCUAGACAAAGGCCAGACUGGGUGUUGAGAAAAGAUAAUAUGCAAGAAAUUGUUGAUCCACUGCAAGCAAUUCAAAUGGUGAUGGAUACAUUUGGAAUUUCCUGCUACUGAUAGGUGGAUAUUGUGUCUGAUUAAAAAAAAAUCGAUUCAGUAGUGAUCAUGACAGUUUUACUUGUCUGCAGCUAUAUAUGUUUGUUUCUGUAUAUAUCCUGAUUGGCAUACUUUAAUAUUUUGUAUGAAACAUUUUUUAAAAAAUUUCUUACAAAAAUUAACAAAUGUAUAAUGUAUACUUUUUUAGAUUGCUGUUGUAUACAGUAUAAUGCAACACUUUAAA